AUGAAUGGAAUACAGAAUUCUCGAACAGUAUCACUUAAGAAGAAGAAAGGCGAAACCUUCGGAUUUUCACUUCAUCGUGCCAUUGAGGAUGGCGCUGAGUUUCGACAUGCUGAAGGUUUACCAACUUUGCAAAAAAUUAUCAAAGUAUUGGAAAAUGGUCACGCUCAUAAAGCUUUUUUGCGAAAUGAUGAUCGUUUAAUUGAAAUCAAUGGUCAAGAUGUGAAAUCGAAAUCUUAUGCAGAAUGCGUACAACUUAUUCAAAAUUCUGGAGACACAUUAACAAUCGAAGUAAUUCAUUUGUCCAAAGAAAAUGAUAUGAGUCCAUCUCUUAAACCAUCUAUUAAAGUUACUGUUGAUUAUAAUGAUUCUUCAAUUAUUCAAUGUUUCGAAACCUUUAAACCUCAUUGUGAAAAUCCAGAAGGUUCGUUGCAUCCCACAUUCAAUACCAUUGCCAAUAACCCACUGGACGUCAAUAUACUUUCUCUAAUUUUGAGCAAUCAAAUACCAUCAGCUGAAUAUUUAACCGCAUAUGUUGUUGAUAGUCUUAAACGAUAUCAUGAUCUGAAUGACAUAAUCGUUCUUCUCUCUGAAACUCUUGAGUUAUUAGCUGAAAAUAAUACUGACAAUAAAUAUGAAAUGCUCGUCGAUCAACUAACCAAAAGAAUGUUAUUAGUUCAGACUCUUGAGAAUAUAUCUUAUGAUAGUCAACGUUUUCUAUGCAAUUUCAUUCGAAAAAAUGAUUUACCUAUUCCAUUAUCAUAUCAAUUUUGGAAUUCAACGAAAAAAGUAAUGUAG